AAAUUUGAAGUGAAUCCGACAAAUUCUUUUCGAGUUAUUUAACAAUGACCAAAGGACGCUCGGGUGCUACGUGGCAUUCGAGAGCAGGUAGCUAGAAACAGCUGCAAGCAACCGACUUUUCGGGUUUCAUUGUCAUGAAUAUCUCCCCAUUUUAAUGUAUUUAUAAUUAUAUAUAUAUAUAUAUAUAUAUAUAUAUAUAUAUAUAUAUAUCCUUCUACAUAUAUUCACAAUUUGUAGGUAGUACAAGAACUGAAAAAUAAUUUUUGGUUGCCAGUAUACCUGUAGUCGUUGCACUGAUCAGUCGAUAGUUUUGUGAUAAAUUAUUUCUCAAGUGAAUUAAAUUAUUAACCAUGGGACGUGAUUCUAGAAAGGUUUCAAGAGAACUUCGGAGUUCUGAAAAAAUUAAUAAGUCGCGUUCAGUCAAAAGAAAGAAUGUUUUUAAUCCGAAAACAGCCGAACGUGAUGAAAGUAUUCAGAGUACAUCUUCUAAAAAAUUAAAACAAAACACUGAAGAUGAUGUACCUGAAGACAGCAGUACUGAAUUUCGAAUAAUAAAUUUUAUUCAGGUAUUCACUGCAAUUUCUGCUCUUAUAAAAUGUAAAAAAUGUGAUGGAAAUGUAGUGUUUCAAACAGCAAGUACACGUGGGCUGGGAUUCAAAAUUGUAGUUGCAUGUAAUAACUGUGGAAAUGAAUAUAUUCCUUCCUGUUCUUUCGUUGGGCAUUCUUAUGAAAUAAACAGACGUUUCAUUUUUGUAAUGAGAAUACUAGGAAUAGGAUACGAAGGAUUGUGCAAGUUUUGCGGCCUGAUGGACAUGCCGUCUUUUUUAGAUAAAUCUACGCAUACAAUUUUACUGAAACAGAUUUUGAAUUGUAGUAAAGCCGUCGCAGAAACCUUCAUGACGAAAGCUGUGAAUGAAGAAAAGCAAGCAAUGCCAACAACUGAAAAUGAAGAUAUAAAUCAUCUAACUGUAUCGGGAGAUGGAACCUGGCAAAAACGGGGAUAUACAUCGUCAUUUGGAGUUUCUUCUAUAAUUGGCUAUUUUACUGGAAAGAUUCUUGACAUAAACAUUAAAAGUGCAUAUUGUAAGCUAUGUGAGUAUUGGAAAAAAAAAACAAAUACUGUUGAGUUCGAGGAAUGGUAUCAAUCGCAUGAAGAUGUGUGUUCUGCUAAUCAUCAAGGGUCUUCUGGGAAAAUGGAGGUGGAUGCGAUGGUCGAAAUGUUUUCGUAUUCUGAAACUAAAUAUGGAGUUAAGUAUGCCAACUAUAUUGGUGAUGGUGACUCCAAGACCUAUUCAGGAAUUAUAAAAUCAGAUCCUUACGAAAAUACAACUGUAAAUAAAAAGGAAUGUAUAGGGCAUGUCCAAAAGCGGAUGGGGAGUCGAUUACGUACGCUGAAGAGUAAACAAAAAGGUCUUGGUGGUCGAGGUAAGCUCACAGGAAAAUUAAUAGACAAACUAACUGUGUACUAUGGUUUAGCAAUACGCCGGCAUUGUGAUUCUAUUGAAAAUAUGAAAUCUGCUAUAAUGGCAACCUUUUAUCACUACGGCUCGAGUGAUGAAAAACCGAAUCAUGAUAUGUGUCCAAAAGGCGAAGAAUCUUGGUGCUCUUACCAGCGCGCUGAAGCAAGAGGAGAGCUUGAUACCUUUUCUCACGAUUAUUCUCCUUUACCUUCUGAUGUUUUAAAAGCUAUCAAGCCUAUAUACGAAGAUCUUAGUAAUGAAAAUUUACUUUCAAGAUGUGUAGGUGGAUUCAAUCAGAAUAAUAAUGAAAGCUUUAACCAACUAGUAUGGAAAAUAUGCCCAAAAACGGUAAAUACUAGUUUUACUAUCGUACAAAUAGCUGCAUACGUUGCUAUGUGUAUAUUUAAUGAGGGUAUAAAUUCAUUAUUAGUCUUGAUGAAUACACUAGGACUUAAUUGUGGGCCUAAUUCUCAUCGGUAUGCAGAAAGAAUGGAUGCUGCACGUAUCAAAGUAGCAGAUAAGCGCGCUAAUGAUAACACCCGAGAAGGUCGAUUGCAACGUAGGCACCAGCAAAUCGAUAUUUUGGAAGCUGCUAUGUCGGCUGAAGAGCUAUUAUAUGGUCCAGGAAUAGAUGACUCAGUAUGAAUCUCCAAGGACUUAUGAUGAUCACCGCAAAGGACUUCGGGAGGAACGGGCUCUACAAAAACAGCGAUAACUUUUUGAAUUAUUAAUUUUUUUUUUUGAAAUUUUCGUGAAGUCAAAUCGAAACGUGUUCUAAUAAAGCUAUGUUUUUAUUUUUGUCAAAUAAAGUAAUUAACUACAAAAAAAAAAUUAUUGAAAAUCAUCAUUUUUUCAUACCCCUGAG